CCCUCAGCCAGGCCCCGUCGUUGGCCUUCCAUUCCGGAUCUCCCACCACCACCCAGCCGUCGUCACCCACACCCACACACACACCAUUUCCCUUUUCACGUCCCCGUCCGUCCGUCCUGCCCGUGCGAUCCCCUCAUUUCUGUUCGUUCCCUCCUUCAAUUUUUCUUCCCUUUCACUUCUCCAUUGGCCGGCGUUGAUCAUCGCCCCAGCCACGUCCAACAACAAUUUGCUCAAUCCAUCAAUCGCUCCCUUCGUUCCCUCAACCUCAUCAACCUCGACGACGACGACGACGACGACGACGACGACAGCAUACGAUUGUCCGACCCUGAGCUGAGCUGAGCCCUUUAUUAACGCGAACCGGAACAAGACGGGGGGAUAGUACAAUACGACGUUGGCAGGUACCGAGAUAUCACACCCGACUACCGUCAUACACCGGACAAACAAAGAAAAAGGGAAACAAAAGAAGAAAGAAAACAGGAAAAAGGAAUCCAGGACCAUUUCCAGACUUCCAGUGGACUCUUCUACCGCCCUUCUUCCAACUACCGAUUGAUCUUGCGUGUUUACCGUAUCUACCCAUACCGUACCGCCGCCGCCAUUCGUUCCAACGGACAACUACCGUACCGUCACAUCUCCCGACCCGUGCGACCGACUCGUUGCUUAUUUCCCCUGAAGAUUCAAAGGCUCUGUCCUCGUCUUGAGUGUCCUUGGAGUACCCGACGGCCACUUCCCUUGGACUCAGCCUCCUCUUUGCGGAUUGCCAACCAACAAACACCCGACGGAGCAGCCCGACAGCGACCACCCAAUCUUUCAAUAACAUUGCAACUGUCCUACCUUCGACUCAUUUCCAUACAUCGCCCAAUUACUACCUACCCAUAUUUGCAACGACCGAGACGAGCCAUACCGCGUUGCUGGACACCGAAUUCCUCGCUCAACGUCUUGCAGCAAACGACAAUUGCUACCCGACCCGAAUUUCUUGCUUCGACUUCGACCACUUGUCGCCGUCGAACUUCCUCUCUUUUUUUUUUCGUGACAUUGCAUCUGUCAUUGCAGAACAAACACAUCGCAUUACCAACCGCGGACUGGUCCCCGGAAUACGACACACACACGGCCCCUCGCCGUCAUCUUAUACCCCAAGUGAAGGUGUGCGUCAACUAAAGUGUCCCACACACGUCGGUCCAUCACUUAUAACACGGACCUCGAAUAUCCCGAGAGGACGCUCUUCCUUGGCGACCUUCGCCCUUGAUGCAAUCGUACGGAGGAUCGGUUAACUAUCCCCCGUCCUUCAACAACCCCAAAAUGGAACACGGCAGGAACUCGUACCGCCGAAAAGGCAUAGACAUGGGCAACAUUAUUGGUGACCCAUUUGCUCUGGCCACUACUUCUAUUGCUACUCUGUCAUGGAUCAUCAUCCUGUUUGGAUCCAUCUUUGGCUUUAGGGACCAAAAUGACGGAUCGAAUGGGGCUCCCGUCAUUGUUUGGCCAACCUACAGCUGGUUCACCCUCGUCUUCAACUUCUUCCUCAUUCUCGGCAUUUUCAUCGUCAUCGCCUCGGACAGCGCUCAGACCUACCAUGUCGCCAUCGUUGGCUACCUGGCCGUCGGGCUGGUCGGCUCCACGUCGUCGAUCAACAACCUGAUUUACAGUGGCGUUGCGUCCAUGGAGGCGACAGCGGCUGGGUAUAUCUUGUUGUCCAUGGUGACGAUCAUCUGGAUAUUCUACUUUGGCUCCGCCCCAUCGGCUGUUCCCCGUGCCUACAUCGACUCCUUUGCGCUGACCAAGGAAUCCACCCUCCCUGCGCAUCACAUGAGCCGCCAAACCAUGAACCACAACGGUCUCUCCUCUCCCAAUGCUUACGGCUCCUACAACAUGCGCCCUGAAACCUCGGCCUCGGGCCUCCAGCCUCCGCAAAUGUACACGGGUCAGCUCAACGGGCUCGAAAACCCCGCUCGCCAGUCGCAGAUUCCCCAGGGUUUCUCGUCCAACAACAUCCCCAAGCCGCAAGGAGAAGGGGAGAUCGUUCCGCCGACGGAGUACCCGUACAGGGCCAAGGCGAUAUUCAGCUAUGAGGCCAACCCGGACGAUGCCAACGAGAUUAGUUUCUCCAAGCAUGAGGUGCUGGAGAUUAGCGACGUGAGCGGGCGGUGGUGGCAGGCACGGAAGGAGAAUGGAGAAACGGGUAUUGCGCCGAGCAAUUACUUGAUUUUGCUAUGAGCGGGCUUGAAUGGGUCGGGGAUGGAGUUGAGGUUUUUCUUCGUCUUUUUGAAAAGAGAGGAUUUGGCGUGUGAACCGCCAGUACAAAACAAAAUCAUGAAGUGGUUUUUUUUCUUUUAUCUAUCUUUCUUUUGAGUCGGCGUUUUAUACCCACAUUAACGUUACACUUUCUUCUCGACCACCCACGGGACUCGUAAUGCGACACACCAAAAACCGUGGCUCGUUUGGAAACGAAGGCGAAACCGGAUGUUGGAUGCGGACGGGGCAAGGUUUGGGUGGAAAUGGAGUUUUUUUUCCCUUUUUUCUUGCAAUGUCAUUUUUCUAUCUUCUCUUACCCUUUUUCUCAAUGUCUUUCCUUUCUCGUGUUACACUAGUUCUUGUAUCAACUUUACAUGUCUUCUAUUUUGCGUUCGGCAGCUACGGCAGAGGAUAGGCCGCUACUGGAGAAUGGCAAUGGAAGAGGGAACAGGACAAAAAAGCGGGGGAAGAUGGAAAUGGGUGCUGUUUUUACGAAUUUCAUGCAUGGCGAGGAACGGAGAGAAGAUGGACGGACGGAUGGAGGCUGUGAACCCAAAAGGAGAUGUACCCACAAGCAGCAAUUGAACAUCCAGCGGCCGGAGUUGGGGAUGUUGGAACUACCUACCUGUAGAGAAUGAAGACACAGUCCGCUUGAUCAUGAUAUCGAUAAUGUACCGAGUCCGAUGAUUAAUUGAGCUUGUUGGCUGCCUCC